AUGGUGACAGAAAUAUAUGUUGAUAAUAUCAUAUUUGGUUCAACAUCACAAAAACAAGUGGAUGAGUUUGUUCAUCUAAUGCAAGAAGAGUUUGAAAUGAGCAUGGUAGGUGAACUAAACUACUUUUUAGGUUUCCAAAUCAAACAAUGCAAAGAAGGAAUUUUCAUUUCUCAAACCAAGUACGCACAAACCUUGGUGAAGAGAUUUGGCUUGGAAAAGGCUAGACACAUGAGAACACCCAUGAGUAUGAAUCAGAAGUUGACAAAAGAUGAGCAUGGAAAAAAUGUAGACCCAAGUCUCUAUAGAAGCAUGAUUGGAAGCUUACUCUAUCUCACAGCUAGCAGGCCAGACAUCUCUUUCAGUGUUGGAGUUUGUGCAAGAUAUCAAGCAACACCGAAGGAGUCUCAUUUGAAAGCUGUUAAGCGUAUCAUUAGAUAUGUUCAUGGUAUUGCAGAAUAUGGAAUUUGGUAUUCAAAAGACUCCAAUUCACAUCUUGCGGGUUAUAGUGAUGCAGAUUGGGCAGGAAACAUUGAUGAUAGAAAAAACACACCAGGAGGAUAUUUCUACUUUGGUAACAACUUGGUCACAUGGUAUAGCAAGAAGCAAAGUUCUAUUUCCCUCUCCACUGCCGAGGCUGAAUACAUAGCAGCAAGAAGUUGUUGUAUACAAUUAUUGUGGAUGAAGCAAAUGCUUGAGGACUAUGGCUUACAACAAAGGCUAUUGACUAUAUUUUGUGACAACAAAAGUGCAAUUGAUAUCUCCAACAAUCCAGUCCAACAUUCUCGUACCAAACAUAUUGAUCUUCGACAUCACUUUAUACGAGAUUUGGUAGAGAGCAAAACAGUUGUUAUUGAUUAUGUUGCAACAGAAAAGAAAUUGGCAGACAUCUUUACCAAACCCCUUGAUACUACAAGAUUCGAAAAGUUGAGGGGUGAAAUUGGCCUUUGCCAACUUUAA